AUGUACCAUGAAGGUUUGAUUGAAGCUCUUCCUGGAGACAAUGUGGGCUUCAGUGUGAAGAAUGCGUCUCUCAAAGAUGUUUGUUGUGGCAGAGUUGCUAGUGACAGGAAAAAUGACCCACCAAUGGCAACAGCUGGCUUCAUUGCUCAGGUGAUUAUCCUGAACCUUCUAGGCCAUACUGGUGCUGACCAUGCCCCUCUACUGAACUGCCACACAGUUCACAUUGCUUGCAAGUUUGCUGAGCUGAAGGGAAAGAUUGAUCGCUGUUACAGUAAUAAGCUGGAAGAUAGCCCUAAACUCUUGAAGUCUGAUGAUGUUGCCAUUGUUGAUAUGGUUCCUGGCAAACCCACGUGUGUUGAGAACGUCUUGGACUAUCCUCCUCUGGGUCGUUUUGCUGUUUGUGAGAUGAGACAGACAGUUGCUGUGGAUGUCAUCAAAACAGUGGACAAGAAGACUGCUGGAGCUGGCAAGGUCAUCAAGUCUGCCCAGAAACCUCAGAAGCCUAAUGAAUAUUAGUCUUAAUCAGUGGUGAAAGAACAGUGUCAGAACUGUUUGUUUCAUUUGGCCAUUUAAAUUUAAUAGUAAAAGACUGGUUGAUGGUAACAAUGAAUUGCAAAACCUUCAGAAGGAAAGGAGAAUGUUUU